GCUAGAGCAGCCAUGGCGGCGGGUGGCGGCGGUAGCUGCGAGCCCCUGGCCUCGGCCGGGGUUCCCUGCGCCUUCUCUCCCGACAGACAGGCCUAUUUCGCGUUGGCCUCGGCCGACGGCCACUUGCGAGUGUGGGAGACCGCCAACAACCGACUGCACCAGGAAUAUGUGCCUUCCGCGCACCUCAGCGGUACCUGUACCUGCCUGGCCUGGGCGCCAGCGCGGCUGCAGGCCAAGGAAAGUCAUCAGAGGAAAAAAAGGAAAUCAGAAGCUAUAGCAACCAGUGACCAGAUUGAUUUGUUGGCUCUUGGUACAGCAGUUGGUAGUAUUUUAUUGUACAGUACAGUGAAAGGAGAGUUGCACAGUAAAUUAAUAAGUGGUGGACAUGACAACAGAGUCAAUUGCAUACAGUGGCAUCAAGACAGUGGCUGCUUAUAUAGUUGUUCAGAUGAUAAAUAUAUUGUGGAAUGGGAUUUAGAGAGCUGCAAAGUAAAGUGCAAGUGGAAAGGAGACAAUAGCAGCGUCACUUCCCUGUGUAUUAGUCCAGAUGGAAAGAUGUUACUUUCAGCUGGUCGAACAAUCAAACUGUGGAUUUUGGAGACUAAAGAAGUCUACAGACACUUCACAGGACAUGCAACGCCAGUUUCAACACUUAUGUUCACUACUGUCCGACCUCCCAAUGAGAGCCAACCUUUUGAUGGAAUUUCAGGUCUUUAUUUCUUAUCUGGAGCAGUACAUGACCGGUUACUUAAUGUCUGGCAGGUCCGGUCAGAAAACAAAGAAAAGAGUGCAGUAAUGUCUUUCACAGUUACAGAUGAACCUGUUUUUAUUGACUUGGGUUUAUCAGAAAACAAAGAAGAGCCUGUCAAGUUAGCAGUUGUUUGCAGAGAUGGUCAAGUCCAUCUUUUUGAACACGUAUUAAAUGGACAUUGCAAAAAGCCUUUGAUGUCCAGCUGCACAAUUCAAAUAGCAACACCUGGGAAAGGCAAGAAAUCAUCACCAAAACCUAUCCCUAUUCUAGCAGCUGGCUUCUGCACAGACAAAAUGUCUUUGCUGCUUGUGUAUGGCAAUUGGUUUCAGCCUACUAUUGAGCGAGUGGCUUUAAACUCCAAAGAAGCUCAUAUGUGUUUAGUACGGGAUAUUUCAAAUUCCUGGGCCCCCAAAGUAGAAACGGCUGUGACAAAGGUGAGAACACCAGUCAUGGAUUCUGAAGUAAAAGUCCUGGUUCCUGGAAUCCCUGGACACCAUGCGCCUGUCAAGCCUCCUCUUCCCCCACAAGCAAAGGAAGUAGACAGCAAGAGGAAAUUAGGGGGUAAAGAGGUUAGCAUUGAAGAACGCCUGGGAGCAAUGGAUAUAGAUACAAAAGGAAAUAAGGAGGACCUUCUGCAGACGAAUAGCUUUCCAGUUCUUCUGACACAGGGUUUAGAGAGCAAUGAUUUCGAAAUGCUAAAUAAAGUACUUCAAACUAGGAAUUUAAACCUUAUAAAGAAGACUGUGUUAAGGAUACCCUUGCAUGCUGUUAUCCCAUUGUUGCAAGAGCUUACCAAGCGGUUGCAAGGACACCCAAAUAGUGCUGUGUUAAUGGUCCAAUGGCUGAAAUGUGUGUUAACGGUUCAUGCAUCAUACCUAUCUACGUUGCCUGAUCUUGUACACCAGCUGGGGACACUCUAUCAGCUCAUGGAAAGCAGAGUAAAAACUUUUCAGAAACUCUCCCACCUUCAUGGCAAACUUAUUCUGCUAAUCACGCAAGUUACAGCAUCAGAGAGGACGAAGAAAAUGGCCUCUCCGGAACAGAAGGCAAAAUUGGUGUAUGAAGAAGAAUCUUCUGAAGAGGAGUCAGACGGUGAAAUUGGAGAUAAGGAUUCUGACGAUGAUUGGGAUGAAGAGGAGGAGGAGAAAGAAAGUGGGAAAGAUGAGGAGGCAGAUGAAGAGGAGGAGGAAGAAGAGGAGGAUGGUCAAGAAAAAGACGAAAAUGGCGAGGACAGAGAGAUGGCAAGUGAAAAGGAAUUCAAUGGGGAGUCUGACUUGGAUCCAGAGAAUGAAAGUGAAGAGGAGUAAGAUAGCGGCCAUGAAGCUGCGAACCAGCUCGACCUUGCUCGUGCUGCCAACCCUCCUGGGGAGGGCUGCCUGUGCCAGGCGGCCAGAGACCACGCACGUUUCCACCUUUGCAGUGGUGAUCCCGCCACCUUGCUGCCCUGAGCACCCCGCAUUCUAACUGUGUAAAUAAUUCUUUCAGUCGAUGUUAAUAAACUUUACACAGUAAAUAGACACAAUUUCUGCAAUGUACUGACACGAUUGUCCGAUACAUGGUCUAUUUUUAUACUCUGAGCACCCUAGUCGGUUGGUUCUGUGAGGAACUGACCUGAGUGGAGACAUGUCCUGUGGGGUCACAGGCUGGACAUGCGUGGAGGAGCCGGCACUCAUCUGAGGCCGGUGUUGUUCAUCGAGUCCAGGUGUGAGGCAACACGAGUGAGCUUUUCAAUUUGGCACGUUUAGUUUAUAACAUUUUCAUAAAAAAAUGAAGGAAUAACUAAAAACUGGAACAAAAAUGAUUGUGAUGAAAAAUCCACCAGUGCCCCUAGCCUGUCUAGUAACUGGGAAUCUGACCUGGGUCAGAUGGAGUAUCUGGAGUGCUUCCCAAAAAUAACCACUUAUUUUUUAACUGUCACGUGAGAUAUUUUUUUAAACAAAACUUUAAAAAUUAUGGUAAUGAAAAAACUAAAGCUUUUGACAUAUUAAGGGAUUUUCUUAUUUGCAACUUGCCUGUAAGAAUCAUUAGUGUAUAGAUUUAAAGUCCUCAUUACCUGCAACUUUUUAAAAAAAAGUCACAGCUGCUUUUGAAGAGGUUCAUUUUUAUUUAAAUUACUAAUGGAUCAAAGAACAAUUGUUUAUUUUUCUCUUUGGUUUUAGAUAUUAAUGAUAGCCUUGGAAUUUUUCCCAAAGAAAAUAUUUUUAUAAUUCAGUAAUUUAAUGUUUUUCAUUUUCAUUACCCACUCUUGGCAGUGUUAGGAUAUCUGUUAUCUUUAAGAUAAUCUUACUCAAGACUUUUUAUGUACGUAUACUAAGUAUUUUGGUGCGCUAUGAAAAGCUUUUUCAAAGGAUCAGUCAUUUUCUUUGUUUUUAAAGAAUGAGCUAGUAUUUACUUACUGCUGGCUAGGGACUAUAUGGAUGGAAGCUCCCCUCUAAGGAAGGGCUGGGCAGAUGGAUUUAUCUUUUUUCCCACCUGUGAAUAUGUAAAACCAAACCAUUAUCUCCAAGGGACUUUGUAAGAUCCGUGGUGGAGCCGACCCUGCGAGUACCUCCUGGCGCCGAGCCGCAGGGCGUCCGGGGAGCCGUGUGAGCUGGCUGCUGGUGCAAUGUACAGUUGUCUUUGUCUAUAUGGAACUGUUAUGGCAAAUUUAAUACCAUUCUCUUUGUAAAGUGAAUAAAUUACACAUCUCUCUCC